AUGGAAAAAACACCUCUGUCCCAGUUUGCCAUUCAGUUCCUGAAUGCGGUCGGUGAUCUGCUGGAUCUGAUCCCAGCGCUGGUUCCCAGCAGGACGUCCGGCUUUAAGCAGUAUAAAGCUCCUCCGAUGGGACACUGCUCUGCGCUCAUAAAGAUGUUGCCAGACUUUGAGAACCUGUUGUUCGCUCACUCCAGCUGGUACACAUACGCUGCCACCAUUCGCAUCUACAAACACUGGGACUUCAGACUGAACGAGCCGCAUACAGCCACCGGAAGACUCUCCUUCAGCAGCUACCCUGGGUUUCUGGUGUCUCUGGAUGAUUUCUAUCUACUGGGCAGCAGUCUAAUGAUGACUCAGACCACCAAUAACGUCUUCAACACCUCGCUGUACUCCUACAUCACUCCUGCCAGCCUGUUCUCCUGGCAGAGGGUUCGACUGGCACACGCACUGGCAAACACUGGAGAGCAGUGGGCCAAAACCUUCUCCAGAUACAACUCUGGGACUUAUAAUAACCAGUAUAUGGUUGUGGAUGUGAGUAAAGUGCAUCUGGGCAACAGUCUGGAGGAUGGAGCGCUGACUGUAGUCGAGCAGAUCCCGGGACUGGUGGAGUAUUCAGACCAGACGCAGGCGCUGCGCAGAGGUUACUGGCCGUCCUACAAUGUGCCAUUCCACCGUAAGAUCUAUGAUCUGAGUGGUUACGAGGAGAUGUGGAAGGAGUACGGCGAGGAUUUUUCCUACGACCUUUGCCCUCGUGCCAAGAUCUUCCGCCGUGACCAGUCUUCCGUCAGUGACCUGAACUCCCUUAAACACAUCAUGAGAUACAACGACUAUAAGAGUGACCCAUACUCGCAGGGCGACCCGUGUAAGUCCAUCUGCUGUCGCAAUGACCUGCAGGAGCGUCAAGCCAGUCCCGAUGGAUGUUAUGACACCAAGGUAACAGAUCUGCACAUGGCUCAGGAGUUUGUGGCGGAGGCGGUGAAUGGCCCGACCACAGACGGAGGGCUUCCCGUCUUCUCCUGGGAGGCGUUCAACAGCACGUCCCAUCAGGGUCUUCCUCCGAAAUACAACUUCAGCUUCGUCCUGAUGCAGCCACAGCUCUUCCGCCCCUGAGGAUCAUGGGAUUUCACAUCUGGCCUGCUUUUUAAACUGAUUCUCUGUUCGCCGUCUGAUGCUAAAAUCUGUCGAAAUGCUGUUUAUUUUGAGCCAUAAAAUCAGCACUAAACUCUACAGCUGCCAUUUGACAAUCAGUCCAGGACUGUUUACGUCUCUUUUGAUUGAUAGAUUGAGUAAAUCCUAAUGUUUUAGGGAAAAGAAAAACACAUGCAUUGGUAAAUCAUAAUUUACAUAAAUAAUAAUUGACAUAAAAACUUGAAAUUAUGAUAUAUGCAAGUCAAAAUUACGACGUA